AUGGCUGCCAUCCAACAAAUGCAGGCGAAACCGCCGAGUUUUGCGACAGGCGCCGGCAUCAUCUGCGCCGGCCUGCCCAGAUCCGGAACAGCCUCCCUCGCAAGCGCGCUAGAGAUACUAGGCUGCGGAAAUAUACACCAUGCCCUGCGCAUGCACUUCAUACGACCUCGCGAAUUUUAUGGCUGGGGCCAAGCUGCCUGGUGUAACUUUCCAUACUUGCAAACUACGCGACAGACCUACGCCACAGAUCGACUGCCAUUUUAUAUAAACCCAGGUGAUCCGCUAAUGCCAUGGACGCGCAGUGACUGGGACCGCAUCAUAGGCAGCUAUCGCGUUGCUACAGACUUCGGUAGCAUGUUUAGCGAGCAGCUCAUUACCUGCUAUCCUGAGGCCAAGGUCAUUCUCGUUCAGCGGCCAGUAGGUGAAUGGAUGGUAAGCUUCCAGAAUGCCUUACUUGAUGGCAUCUGCUUUGGCCUCCGCGGUUUCAUAUUGUGUACCUUGGGGCCGUCGUUUGGUCAAGUGUCGGGUAGCAUUUGCAAGGACGUUUUUUUAGGAUUUCUCAAGGCGAGCUCACGUGCUGAUGCCGUGAAGAGGUUACCAAUUGUGCACAAAGAACACGGAGAGAUGGUGAAGCGACUCGUGCCAGCUGACCAGCUGCUCGAGUACAACCUUGGUGAUGGCUGGGAACCCUUGUGCAAGUUCCUCGGAGCCCCUGUGCCAAAUGUCCCCUUUCCUCACAUCAACGAUACUCAUGAUCUUCUGGCUGUCUGCAACACGACUGCAAAAAAGAUUCUCGCCAGCAUCGGCUGUCAAGUUGGAUAUUGGACACUGGUCAUCGGCGCUUCUCUGUGCCUAAGUGCUGCCGAAGGCAUGGCGAUUGAUCUCGUCACCCCCGAGGCCACCAAGGUGCGAACGCCCGCGGCUGCCACAAACCCAAUUCCAAUCAGCAAGGCCCAAGCGGUUUUGCUUCAAGGAAGAGUUGCGACAACUCACCAGCCGUUCCUGCCUAGUAGCAGUCCAAUGCUCCCAGGACCCCUUCCGUACCGAGGACGAAGCCCCAAACGAAACCGCCCAGACUAUAUAUCGAACAUAUACCACAACCUGGCGGACGAACUAGACAACCCUGGCCCAAUUGACAUCGAACAACAUGCCGAAAGCGUUCUCACGAAAGAAAUGGACCGCCUUCAGACGCGUACUGAAGUCCUGAGAACCUUUGCGACCGUGAUUAACGACUGCGUAAAACAAUAUACCACAGGCUACGCUAUCCAAAUCGCACGGGAUUUCUCCAAAUCCCUCCUAAGCCAAUGGGAUAACUUUGUGCGUCAGCAACCUGGUGAACAAAAGGGCAUAUACCCUAAGGACAACAUAGCGGUGAAGCUUCAUAAAUCCGCCGCCAACAUCUCGAACCCCGGCCUUGAUCCCCGCUCCGCUCCGGCCGGCGGCUGGGCUGCCCGUGCCGCUGCCGCUGACGGAAAACGGCCUAGCGAUAUCGAAGUCCACAAGGCCGCUCGUACUGACAAUACACCCCGAACGCAGCCCGCUAAACUCGAUAAGCGUAUUCUUCUCCGUAUUAAACGCGGCUCUGAACUCUUCAAUAAACACGGCUACCAAAUCCGCCUUGCGCUCGCACAGGCUGCAUCUAUCGAUCCCAAGGACAUCCAAGACAUCAAACCAACGAACACCGGCUGGGCUAUCACUGCGCGGACUCUCAAAGCCGAAGAGACUCUCCUCUCUACCCAAGAGAGCUGGGGACCAAAGUUCGACUUGAUUAUUGCUGAAAAGAAUGUGCAAUGGCACACCUACCUGGUUAAAAACUUCCCUCGCACACUGACAGAUUGGGAAGGUGCCCCCCUCGACUUCGACCAAGUGGUCUCUGAUGAGAUCCAUCGUCAAACACAGCAAACCCCCAUUGCCUGGCAUAUCUCCAAAGCUGACACGCUCACUGACUCUCGUACUGUAACGCUUGUAAUCUCCUUCUCUGAGCCAGUACUAGGAAACUUCCGGCUCCUAGGCACGAGCGCCUUCUCUUUCAAGCUAACCAAGGCGCCAAAAAUCACCCAGUGUACCAACUGCUGGAAUUACCAUGCUCCGACUAGGUGCAUAGCCCCGGAAAGCUGUAAAAACUGCGGUCAACGAACAGGCGAUGACCACAAACCCGACUCAUGUACUCGAUUCACGCAGUGCAUACUAUGCCAUGGACCACACCCCCCAGAUGACAACAAGUGCUUCGCAAAGCCAAAGAAGCGCGAUGACGGGCUCUACAAGCUCUCAAAGACCCAACGGACACACGCUAAGCUUCUAGGCGCACAAGCCUUUAAAAGACUCCACUGUGAGGAUUUACUAUCUAGCACUCCCGCCGGCCCAGUCUCCUCCGCACCACCCACACCCACCCCUGGCGCCAGAAAUACCGACCUCGAAGGGGACACUAUGCUUCUCUACCAGAGGCUUGAUUGAUUGAUUAAUUUCAUUGAUUGAUUGAUUGAUUGAUUUUAUUUACGUCUAUCUGGCGCUCUAGGGUAGCAUAAGACGUGUGGCCGAUAGGUAAUACGAGACGAAGACCGGGAUCCCGCGUAGGCGGCGCCAGCCGCCACGAAACGUGACGACGCCGAGCCGAGGGCCCACCCCUUGGGAUUCCUUUGCUCCACGUCUCCUCCUUAAACAAACCACAGUAACACGAUAAUUUUCCAACUCCUUACCCGACGCGGGAUCCAGAGAGGGCUCUAGGAGCCCCUAUUGACUUCUGGCUUCUUAAUGGGGGGCCAGUGCACCCUGUGGUUAGUGGGUGUCUUUCCCAAGCAAGUUUUCUAUCUAGGUAGGGAAUGGCCGGUCAGCCAAUAAAGGGGAAGUGUACGA